AAAUAAAAAACAACAAAGUACCGGUAUCCUCUCCACCUCUGUGGAUGAGACGCCACACGAAGAUUGUGCACGCGACUCACUGACUUUGCCAUUCUAUGUCGAUGGAUUGAUCGAUCGCUUUGUGGGUUUCGUUGCUAUGCAGUUCUCCCCUCUCCAUGGAUCCCGUGUUGAGGAGAGCUUGAGCGCUGUGCCUAGUCCUUUGUGCGCAGUCCCCCGCCCCCUCAGAAUGGUGCGGCUCUGAUAUCCGAAACUUAAGGAAACUCUCCGCGAAAUAAUUUUAUCACCUCUCCGUCAGGCUUCGAAUCUCACACUCAACUAUCCUGUGGGUCAGGCUGCCCUGGAAGGUCCGCUGGUAAUUUAUCUCAGAGAGGAUCUCCCAUUUUUGUUGAAGUGCGAUGGAGACUGAGCGGAGACUUGGCAGCGGGAGGAAACAGGGGCUUAGUACUCAGCGAGGAGUGGUCAUUGGAGUGGCUACUGUGGUCGGUUUAAGUUUAGUGAGUAAGAUUAUCUCAGUUCUUAAGGGAGGAAAAUCUGAGAAAAGUAAUGGAGAACAGCUGAAGUCUCUGGAAGCACCAUUGAAUGGAAAUGAUGCAUCCAAAAGUUCGCCACCAAUGCAGGCAGUGGUGGAGAGCGAUGACAAGUCAACCACCCUUGACAGCUCUGAGCCCACUACUGUAGUGAAAGACGAAGAUGUAAAGUCGCUGGAAGCAGUCAUGAACAGUCCACCACAACCGCCGACGCAGGGUGUUGCAGCACUUCCAAGUCCGGAGGAACUCUUCAAUGAGGUGGGGAAGGAACAGAAAGACAUCCAAAGUUCUCUUAACGCUGGUGAUCUGUCCGUGACAGUCGUGGAGCAGGUUGUUGAAAAUGGCGAGACAGUGUCGUCCAAGACCACGCACACAGUUGAGGAUCAACUCAAAGGCUCGGACAAUGUCGACAAUGGUUUGGAAAGUACGACUGAGCUGGAGGGGAUUCCAUUACUCAACGGUGAGGAUGCUGGGAAGCAAGUAACCGAGGAUGGAGAGAAGCAUUCCACAGUUAAUGAUGCUGGGAAGACUUUAGCUGAGGAUGAACAGAGGCGGCCCAAUGCUGAGGUUGCGGAAAAGCAUCACACUGAUGAUGAACAGUCUCAGGUCGAGGAUGUAGAAACGCAUUCGAAGGUGGAGGAUGUAGAGAAACCUAAAACUGAGGACGCUGAGGAGCAUGAAACAGGGGACGCAGAUCAGCACUUAGUCGAAGAUGGUGAAAAGCAUUCCAUGAUUAAGGAAGAAGAGAAGCAUUCUUACGCCGAAGAUGCUGAGAAGCAUUCUGAGGUCAAGGAAGACGAGAAGCAUUCCAAUGCUGAAGAUGGAGUGAAGCUUGAGACAGAUGAUGCUGGAAAGCUUCACAUUGAUGUUGAAGAGAUAAGUUCCACUGGUGAGGAUAGAAGUAACACUGGGGAUGAAGAGAAGGAUCACAUUAAGGAUGAUGCCAAGCAUCAAUCUGAGGACAGAGAGGAGCUUUUCCGUGCCGAAGGUGGAGCUACAGAACACAGUGUUGAAGAAGAGAAGGAUCCCAAAUCUGAGACUGAAGUAAAGUUUACAACCGAGCGUGAUGAGAAGGAUGCAGUUGAGGAUGGAGUCGAGAAUGAUACUGAAGUUUCCAAGGAGCAUGAAACCGAGACUGAAGAAAAAGCAUCACUCUGAUUCCAUCAUCUCAUGAGCAUGGGACUUGCUCUAAGCGAGUGCAAUUUGUCAUUUCCUCUCCGACAGAGCCUUCGUCUUGGUAACCACAUCGACACCGUAAGUGUCAGCGGCGGCAGAAUGGAGGCCCUUGCCACUAAUUCGUCUAUACGAAUUGGUUUUACGAGCUAAGUUCUUCGAUAUUAGUUCAGUGUAGUUCCAGUACAUAUUACAUACCUUUUGGUAUUUGCAUGAACUUGAAUAUGAACUUGAUGUAUUUUACGUACACUCCUAUUGUUAACUCAUCGCCAGCUGUUA